UCACGUUUCCUAUAUCAGCUCCUCCUUUUUUUUAUUCUGUUUUGGGGUCAAAUACAUCAGCUUCUUUACCAGACUCAUUGUCUUCCAUGGCUCCCCUUUAAAAGCCUACCAUACAAAGCUCCUGUGUAAUUUUCCUCCCACAUGCAAAACAACAAACCUCUCAAUCAUAGGCGGAUCUCGUUCGGGAGCUGAAUUUCGUGUGUUCAGCUCUACCACUUGAGGUUAAUAACAAUGGCAGUGGAAGAACAAAAGGAGCCGUUGUUGGAGAAACAUUACUACGAGAAUUGCCCCGGCUGCAAAGUCGAGAAGCUUAAGGAAUCGCAGAAAGGCUUGCCGAUCCGCGAGCUCGUGUCGAUCUGGAUCGUCGUGCUUUGCACAACACUGCCAAUAUCAUCUCUAUUCCCAUUCCUUUACUUCAUGAUUAGAGAUUUUCAUAUCGCCAAAAGAGAGGAAGACAUUGGGUAUUAUGCCGGUUAUAUAGGUUCUUCAUUCAUGUUCGGGAGAGCCUUGACAUCGGUCUUCUGGGGAAUCGUGGCAGAUCGUUACGGGCGAAAACCUGUCAUAAUUAUUGGAAUAAUCGCAGUGGUUAUAUUCAACACUCUCUUCGGCCUAAGUGUGAACUUUUGGAUGGCCAUUGCCAUGAGGUUCCUUCUUGGAAGUUUAAAUGGUUUACUCGGACCUAUCAAGGCUUAUGCGACCGAAAUAUUCCGUGAGGAGUACCAAGCGCUAGGAGUAACAACCGUUAGUACAGCAUGGGGGAUAGGAUUGAUUAUCGGUCCAGCUGUGGGAGGUUAUCUUGCGCAGCCUGCAGAAAAGUUCCCGUCGAUAUUUUCCAAAGAAUCAGUGUUCGGAAGAUUUCCCUACUUCUUGCCCUGUCUCGCCAUCUCGCUUUUCGCAUUGGUAGUUUCUAUCGCGUCCUGCUGGCUUCCGGAAACAUUGCAUAUGCACCACGGAAGUAGCGAGCCUGAUGAAUCUCGCGAAGAUGUGGAGAACGCAUCCCUCGAGUCCAGCACCAAGUACAAGACUCAAAAGGUCGAGGGGAAAGCUCCGAAAAAGUCUCUGAUUCGGAAUUGGCCCUUGAUGUCAUCCAUCAUCGUGUACUGCAUCUUCUCGCUUCACGACAUGGCUUACACGGAGAUCUUCUCACUAUGGGCCGUAAGCCCUAGGCGAUAUGGGGGCUUAAGCUACACUACUGAAGAUGUCGGGACUGUUCUUGCUAUCUCAGGUGCCGGCCUUCUCAUCUUCCAGACGUGUUUAUACCCAUACGUGGAUAGACUUCUCGGCCCUGUUGUGGUAGCUCGCAUUAGUGGGGUCUUAUCGAUACCCCUCUUGUCAAGCUACCCUUUUAUAGCAGUGCUGACCGGGCUAGGUCUCUCCACAGUGUUAAAUUGCGCAUCAGUCGCGAAGAUUGUCCUUUCUACUUCCAUCAUCACCAGCUUGUUCCUACUGCAAAACAAAGCCGUGGACCAAGAUCAGAGAGGAGCUGCUAAUGGAAUCGCAAUGACUGCCAUGUCUCUCUUUAAGGCGGCUGGUCCAGCCGGAGGAGGCGCAAUAUUCUCUUGGGCACAGAAGCGUCAGGAUGCGGCCUUUCUCCCAGGCGAUCAGAUGGUCUUCUUCAUCUUGAACGUGGUCGAGGCAAUCGGAGUGUUGAUGACUUUCAAGCCAUUCCUAGUUGAACGCCGCGACUAAAAGAAAACAGAAUCGAACCCGCGUGAAUUCUAAGUAGAGACCUGAUAAAACUUCAGAGCAGAGCUCGCAAAAGAACAGCUGCCGUUCGAUUCUUGCACAAGGUGGAGCAGCAUUUGCCUUCCAAGAAGCCGAGCCGGCCCUUUCAGGCCAAGUGUCGCGAUCCUAGUUGAAUUAGCAAUUUAACACCUAUGUGCUAAUAUUCUUAAUACUCCAACAAUAGCACCAAAUGGAAUUAUGAUGUAUUGCCCAUUAUAAUGUAACCUUCUGAAGAAUUAGUGUCCGGAAAGGAUUAGUCCACGACAUUGUAAGGACAGUGCAAUUGAUUGACAACAGAAUCACCAGUUGGGUUAAUCAGGAGUUUCAUUGGCUCAA